AUGGUUUACGUUAUGUGCGCUCCCGAGGCUGCGCCAGUCAUCAAAACAUAUUCUCCCGAACUGAUUGUGCAUCCUACCCUCGAACCAGACGCCGUCUUACCAGUAGGUAUUGAGCCACUGCCCUCAGCAAUUCUCACACCAAAUAUAAUGGAGUUUUCAAGAUUAUGUGAAGCUGCGCUGAACGAACGUGAUGUUCUUGAAGUAAAGGACCAGGCUAAGUUGGAAGAAUUGGCUUCACGCUUGAGUAAGCGUCUUGGAACGUCAUUAUUUGUUAAGGGAAAGGUGGACUUCAUCACAAAUCCCGAUGGAAAAGUUAUGUUUAAAAAUUACCACUGUCAAACUGCUGUAAUGACCAUUCUGACUCUGAUUAAUAGCCAAUCAUCUGCUAAUAGCAAAGAUGUUCUGGAUUCCAGUCACCGUCGGACAAGAUGA